AUGCCAAUUAUUGCACCCAUGAAAGCUGGUAAAUCAACUAUUAUCAAUGGGAUUCUCGGACAAAAACUAUUGCCAACUCGUAAUACAGCUAUGACAGCGAUACCAACUGAAAUUGUUUUCAACAUCAUUAGUACACAAGAAUCUGACGGCGGUUCAUAUCUCACCUUGAAUAAGAAAUUCAUCGAUGAAAUAAUCCGACUUCAAUCAUCUAGUCAUAGUUAUCUUCAAAAUCAUUCUGACAGUUUACAAAUGAUAUCAUCGUCUUAUCCACAUUUAUUUGAAGUAGCUCAAGAGCUUCACAAUGUAUCUGCGUCGUUUCGUACAUUACCGGAAAAAACAUCUGGCGUCAAACAAAUUUGUGAAAGUUUAGCAUUUAUCAAUGAUGUUAUUCGUCUUCACGAAAAUUUGCCUGGAAAUACUAACUCUGGACAUGAACCAUUCGAACUCUAG